UUCUUCAAGCCUGGGCUGGAUGACUGUCGUGAUGGGUAUCCAUCUUUAGAGGAUCAGGGUCUAACAAAAAGUCAAAAAGGUCUCAGUCCUGUGCUUUAUAAUGUACCACAAGUGUUCAAGCCUAGUCGGCGAGAGUCACAAAAGUUAACCAAAGAACAAAUAUGUUAUUCAAAGAUUCCCCCAUUGCAACACACAAAAAGAUUGCAGAUAGAAGAGAUUGAAUAUUUUUUGACUCAGCAUCCAUUAGCUCUUUAUCAACAUCUGGAAGAAGGAAUACCUCCUGAGCUUUUUGAAGAUAUUGUUGGUAUCCUGGAUCCCGAAAUGCUCCAGUAUGGAGAAGAUAUAAUGUCUGAGAAAUCUGAUGGCAUGUAUAAAGUUCAAGAACACAAUUUAGAAAACAUCUUAAACUUAAUGGACGAUGAUACCACCGUGAACACGGAGAGCAAAUUAAGGCAAAUGGCAUUAGAGGAGUCAAGGCGCAAAAACCCGUACAAGUGGCUUUUGCUCAGGGAAGCAGCAAAGAAAGAAAGCAAGAAAGUGAAACCCAAACGAGUCACCUCAAAACCAAUGGAGGAGGAACUAAAGCAAAUAACCAAGGAGUUCUGUGAAUGGGUUGCCUCUCUGGGUGGCGAUACCUACAAUAUAGAUGAAUCGACUGUCAGGAGCCUGUUUGCCAGUGGUUAUGAGGCCAAAGCCGCUGUCAAUGUGCCUAUUAGUGUGACAGAGCUGACCAGCAUACCUCCAGAGUUAAGGAAAUCAGUGGGAGUACCUUCAGUGAUGUCUCCACUGAAAUCCCAUCUGAAUAGGCUGGACCCAAUCUUCGAAAAAUGCGUCAAGAACAGAAAGGCAAAGUUUAGGUAUGGAGCGUGGUACCUAGAUCCCAAGACAUGGGUGAAAAGAGGCUAUGAUGAACUGCUGCUGGAUCCCGGUUUUCGAAGGAGCAGUGAUGGUGGAUCCAGAUUUAUAGAUUUCACGACUCUAAAGGAUAAGCACCAAAAAGGGCUCUACGCUACUUUGGCUUUCAGAGAUUUCAUUGAGGCUAAAGGAGCCAGAAAACCAGAGUUCAUGCAGCAAUUGCUUACCAUAAAGGAGGAUUCAAAAUUCACAGACUAUGCAGAAAUGCCACUGCAUAACAUAGAAAAGUUCAGGCGCAAAGCUGCUUUGCAGCAUGUUGGUUUGGCCAUGUAUUAGCAGACUCCAUCAAUUGUAUUGUUUUAUCACAGUUUACUUUAUGUUAUAAGUUUCCAAGUAUUUCAAUCUUCCCCUUUUUACAGCUUUUACUUGGACCAACAAUUUUCCUGAUAAUUAUGUAUUACGCUAUGAAUAAACUACAUUCUGCCAAGAUUGCUAAAUUCUGUAUUUGUGUUCAUCUGUUAGUUAUGUGCACAACACAGAUCAUUUAACACAAAAUCGUGCAGCUGAACUUAGAAAUGUUGCUUAAAUGUGAUUGUAUAUUUUUCGUUCUGGUCGUGUAAUAGCAACAUGUACUGUAUGUGAAAUUACUAACAGCAGAUGUAAGACAAAUGUGCAUAAUAAUGUUUCACUGAAUUUAAAAUAGUGGAUGUGCGUGUACCUUUGAUGCUAUCAUGUUUGUAGGUUGUUGAUUAAACCCCAAAAUGAUCCAGA